CCGGUGGAGGGGGGACGGGUCUGGGAGGCGAGGCGCUGGCCCGGCGCCGGCGGCCGGUGUGCCGGUGCCGAAGGGCGGCUCGGCCCCGCUUUCUCGCCAGGUUUCGGGCUUUGUUCCGCCGCCUCGGGCUCUGCGGGCGGCAGGGGGUACCGCCCGGGCUGCUGGGGGGCGAGCUGCACGGGGCGGACUCUGUCGCCCAGGAGCCGCUUGAGGGGCCCGGGGGGCCGGGAGGGGACGUUCCCGCAGAGACCGGGGGUUGAGCAGCAGGAGCAGCGGCUGAGUGACCGGGAGCGCAUCCCGGGAGAAGGCGGGGCCGGCAGGGCCCCUGGCGAGUGUCACUGGAGAAGGUUGGCGGUCAGCCCGUCAGGUCAGCUCCGCAGACGGAGGGACCCACCGCUGGAACAGGCUGCGACCCAGCACCCCGGGCGCCUCGGCGAGGGCCUGAAGUCUCCGUGGGCCCAAGGGUUAGGCGCCCCCCAGCCUGGUCAGCCCCCAGGUGUCCCUAGAUGCCAAGCCAACACUCCUUUCCCUCCCUGAAGAUCAGCCGUGGGAACCGUGGCCAUGGCGUCCCCAUCGGAGCCUGUUACGUUCAGGGAGUUCUGCCCUUUGUAUUAUCUCCUCAACGCCAUUCCCGCCAAGAUCCAGAAGGGCUUCCGCUCUGUGGCGGUCUACCUGACAGCCCUCGACACCAGCGGGGACUACAUUGCCGUGGGCAGCAGCACUGGCAUGCUCUACCUGUACUGCCGGCGCCUCAGCCGGAUGAAGAAGUACAACUUCGAGGGGAAAACAGAAGCCAUCACGGUGGUGAAGCUGCUGAGCUGCUUCGAUGACCUGGUGGCCGCAGGCACAGCCUCCGGGAGGGUUGCUGUCUUCCAGCUGGUGUCGUUGCUGCCCGGGAGGAACAAGCAGCUCCGGAGAUUUGAUGUCGCUGGGAUUCACAAAAACAGCAUCACAGCCCUGGCGUGGAGCCCCAAUGGGAUGAAACUGUUCUCUGGAGAUGACAGAGGGAGAAUUGUCUAUUCCUCUCUGGACCUAGACCAGGGCGUCUGCAAGUCCCACCUGGUGCUGGAGGAGCCGUCCUCCAUCGUGCAGCUGGACUACAGCCAGAAGGUGCUGCUCGUGUCCACCUUGCAGCGAAGCCUGCUCUUCCACACCGAGGAGCAGUCUGUCCGCCAGGUCGGGGCCCAGCCGAGGAAGAGCACCGGGAAAUUUGGUGCUUGUUUUAUACCAGGACUUUGUAAGCAAAGCGAUCUGACCUUGUACGCAUCCCGGCCAGGGCUCCGGCUGUGGAGGGCUGACGUCCAGGGGACUGUGCAAGCCACGUUUAUCUUAAAAGAUGCCUUUGCUGGAGGAGUCAAGCCCUUCGAGCUGUACCCGCGCCUGGACUCCUUCGACCCGGGAAGUGGCAGCUUACCCGAGAGGCACCUGGGGCUGGUUUCCUGCUUCUUCCGGGAAGGCUGGGUGCUGAGUUGGAACGAAUAUAGUGUUUACCUUCUAGACACUGUCAGCCAGGCCACGAUUGCUGGAUUGGAAGGAUCGGGUGAUAUCGUGUCUGUUUCCUGCACAGAAAAUGAAAUAUUUCUCUUAAAGGGAGAUAGGAACAUCAUAAGGAUUUCGAGCAGGCCGGAGGGACUAGCGUCCGUAGUACGAGACAGUCUGGAGACGCCAGGAUGCACAGAGCAAGUCCCCGCGCAGCACACAGAGAGGCCGCCAGGGGCCACAGUCUCGGAGCCGAGGCUCAGAGGCGCUUCCGUGGCCAGCUCCGUGGCCAGCGAGCCGAGGAGCAGGAGCAGCUCGCUCAACUCCACCGACAGCGGCUCCGGGACCCAGGCCCUGGAGCUGGGCAGGGGCAGCCAGCCCGCCUCGCAGAGGUUCAGUGUCAUUAGCUCGGAAGACUUCGACCAGGAGCUCGUUGUGAAGCCUCUCAAAGUGAAGAAGAAGAGGAGGAAGAAGAAGGCAGAAGGCGGAGGCAGGAGCGUCUGGCACAGUUCCCUUGAAUCGACUCCCUGCUGUGAGUUUCCUGAUGGCAGUCCCCAGUCCCUGAACACAGACCUGCUGUCCAUGACCUCAAGUUUGGGCAGCAUCGUGGAUCGGGUGAGCACAGAGUCUCCCGACUGGGAGAGCAGCCUCAGUGGCGAGGUGAAUGGUGUCCUGCAGGAGAACUAUGACCCGGAAGCAUUCAGUGUCCUGGAGGCGCCUGAGCCUGCCCCUGACUUACUCGGCGAAGAUGACAGAAUGGAGAUACCGCGAUGGAGCUCGGCAGGCGAGAUGGAGCUGCAUGGUUGCGGGUUGCGCCUACCCCUAAUCCCGAGGGGAGACGUGGAAGGUGGCGAGGUCACAGAGCUCGAGGGGGAGCCUCAUCCUGCGGACAGUGGACCCAGUAGCAGACAGUCACCUUGCCAAGACCAGGACAGCCCUGCUGAGGCCCAGGAGGAGGGGGGCUGCGAGCCUGAGGAUCCCCAGUGCACGGUGUCUGAAGCCUCUCUCCUGGACUUGCCCCCCGUGCCAUCCAGCCCUAGCUGGGCCCCCAGUGCUGAGGGCAGGCUGCUGGAGACCAGAAUGAACAAAGGCAGCGCCAAGGAGACCAGCGGAGAGCAGGGCCUGCUGAUGCACAUGGCGGCUCCUGGCCACCUCGGUUCCGACCCCUGGCAUGCUGUCACUGAUGAUGGCACGGGCCAGAGAGCAGUGGUUGCUUCCGAAUGUGAUCUGGGGAGUGUGGGCGGAUGGCUGACUCCUCCCAUUUGUGCCUUGGCGGCCAGCGCCCAGGACCCUCGCCCCGAGCAUUCCUCACGGGAUCAGGUGCAGACGUCCAGCGACGAGGAGGACAUCUAUGCCCAAGGGCUGCCCUCUUCAUCCUCGGAGACGAGUGUGGCGGAGCUCGGAGGCAGCCGCUCCCUGCAGGACCUGAGCCAGCCGGCCGACGACGCUGGGCUGCUGAAGUCCAAUCAGUUUGCAGAAAGCUGGAUGGGCUACUCUGGCCCCGGCCACGGCAUUCUCAGCCUGGGGGUCUCCGAGAAGCACGUCUGGUGCCUGGACUACAGAGGCGGCCUGUUCUGCAGUGCCUUGCGGGGCGCCGGGCUGCGCUGGCAGAAGUUUGAAGAUGCCGUCCAGCAGGUGGCAGUCUCGCCCUCAGAUGAGACCAGAUGGGCGACACUACAUGACAGGACACCCAGAGCCACACUGGCAGGAGCCCUCCUCUGGAAGAUUGAGCAGAAGUCUAACCGGGCUUUUGCUUGUGGCAAAGUGACCAUCAAGGGCAAACGGCACUGGUACGAGGCGCUGCCCCAGGCCGUGUUUGUGGCACUGAGUGAGGACGCUGCCUGGGUCAUCAGGACCAACGGAGACCUGUACCUGCAGACAGGUCUCAGCGUGGAUCGCCCCUGUGCCAGAGCCAUAAAGGUCGACUGCCCUUACCCACUGUCCCAGGUGACAGCCCGGAACAGCGUGGUGUGGGCGCUGACGGAGCAGAGAGCCCUCCUGUACCGGGAGGGCGUGAGCAGCCUCUGUCCUGAAGGGGAGCAGUGGAAGUGUGACAUCGUCAGCGAAAGGCAGGCCUUGGAACCUGUUUGUGUGGCGCUCGGGGACCAGCAGACCCUGUGGGCGCUGGACAUCCACGGAACCCUGUGGUUCAGAACCGGCAUUGUUCCCAAGAAGCCCCAAGGGGAGGACGACCACUGGUGGCAAGUGAGCAUCACAGACUACGUGGUGUUCGACCAGUGCAGCCUGUUCCAGACCAUCAUGCACGCCACACACUCGGUGGCUACGGCGGCCCAGGCGCCCGUGGAAAAGGUGGCCGACAAGCUGCGCACGGCGUUUUGGUCUCAGCAGCUUCAGUGCCAGCCCAGCCUCCUGGGGGUCAACAACAGCGGCGUCUGGAUCUCCUCGGGCAAGAAUGACCUCCACGUCGCCAAGGGGAGUCUCAUCGGCACUCACUGGAACAACGUUGUUCCCCGCGGGACAGCUUCUGCUACCAAAUGGGCCUUUGUGUUGGCCUCCCCUGCUCCCACAAAGGAAGGCAGCUCCUUGUGGCUGUGCCAGGGCAGCAAGGACCUGUGCAGCGUGGGCGCCCAGCACGCGCAGUCCCGCCCGUCCACGGUGCAACUGCCUCCCGACACCGAGAUGAGAGCCUACGCCGCCUGCCAGGACGCUCUGUGGGCGCUGGACAGCCUGGGCCAGGUAUUCAUCAGGACGCUGUCCGCCAGCUGCCCCACCGGCCUGCACUGGACCCGGCUGGACCUUGCCCAGCUAGGAGCUGCAAAACUGACGAGCUUGGCGUGUGGAAACCAGCACGUGUGGGCCUGUGAUUCCAGGGGCGGCGUGUACUUCCGCGUGGGCACCCAGCCUCUGAACCCCAGUCUCAUGCUUCCGGCCUGGAUAACGAUUGAGCCACCCGUCCAGCCUGCCGGGGUCACCUUGGUCAGCGUCCACUGCAGCCCCAACGACCAGAUGCUGUGGGCGCUCGACAGCCGGUGCAACGUGCACGUCCGCGUCGGGAUCACCGAGGAGAUGCCCGUGGGGACCGACUGGGAUCACGUGCCAGGGCUGCAGGCCUGCCAGCUGGCGCUCAGCACCAGGACCGUGUGGGCCCGCUGCCCCAACGGGGACCUCGCCCGGCGCUACGGCGUCACCGACAAGCACCCCGCGGGGGACUACUGGAAGAAAGUGCCCGGGCACGCCACGUGCCUCACAGUGACCUCGUCAGAUGAGCUGUGGGCGGUGGGCCCGCCCGGCUACCUCCUCCAGCGGCUCACACGGACCUUCAGCCACGCACACGGUGCCCAGAGCAGCCCGACCGCCACCUCGCACCCUGAGGACCUGGAGGACGAGUGGGAGGUCAUCUGAAGGAGCUCGGGCGGCGCUCAGGGCGGCCAGAUGUGCCGUGCGCCAUCGGUUCUGAGCCGCGCUCUCGGACACGCCACAUCCACGCGUCUGGACAUGUGGGCACGUUGAACGCCCCACACUUGCUUUCACCAUGUUUGUUUCUGUCUUGUUCCAGAACCACAGCCUCAGCCGAGUAACUGGAGCCUGCGCGGUCGUCCGCGUGGGGCAGUGGCUGCGGUCAGGGUCUCGUCGCUGACCACACCCUGUGGGCUGCCACAGCAGCCACGUCGAGGCCAAAGGUCAGUGCUCCCACCACUGGACACGCUCCCACGUGGUGCACCUCCUCCCAGGGACGCAGGUUCCCGCACACAUUCCACGCCAGGCGCCCAGAUGGGAACCCAAGGCCGCUUUGGAGGGGUAGGCGCUGGCCGUGCCAGGAUGGAGGCCUGGCCGUGCACGCACCCAGGCGGGUCGGUGCAGGAAGGGCGGGGGGGGGCGCAGCGCCCUCUCGCUAGCAGGAGUCUGUGCAGCUCGUGCUGCAGGGCACAAGACUAGGGCACCCUCAGGAGCAAUCUACAGUUGUCGCCUUUUUGUUUGUUGUACAAACCUGCAUAAGAUACCUCGUUAGGAAUGAAAUGUCAGAUUUAGGAGAGAAACCUAGUCCCUGAAGCCCGCGGAAGGCCUCGCUCCCUCCGGGGUUUGUCCCGAGCCCGCAGCCUCAGCUGCCGCGUCCGACAGUGGGCGUCGCCUGUGCAUCCUUGUGUGGGGAGCCCCUGGGCCUGCCGCUGCCUCCCAGUGCAGCCGCACUGUCACGGCAUUUGGGCUGAUCCCUAGGUUAGUGCUUGCUGUGGUCGGCUGCUGUGGCCCCGUCAGACGUCAGUUCAUGGGUCAGCCUGCAGUGCCCAGUCACCUCGCUGGCACCUGAGCUGUAGGACUUGGAGCCCAGCCUGCGUCCACCCUGAGCCCCCUCCCCUGGACACAGCUGCCCAUUCUGGCCGCUGCUGGUUUUAGCUGCCCUUUGCCCAGGGCCCAGGCACUCGAGGCCUGUUUCCUACUAACGCAAGCAUGUCGAGCCCCCAGGACCUGGGUGGCGAGCAGGGAGAUGCAUCCUCCGAGGGCACCAGGCAGCGGUGGAGAGGGUCCUGCAGGUCCCGGUGAGGACAGGCAGCUGGGGCGAUGCUGCUGCACACCUCGUUGUCGUAGGUCCUUCCUUAGGGUUGGGUGACAGCAGAGGGCCGCCUGGGGGCUGCAGCGAGUUCGGGCCUCACUGCUCUACGGACAGCAGGCUCCUCCAGGCCCGCGCGCUUCCACGCAUCACCCCGUCUCCUCGAUGCGCUGACCAUAGAGCUGCAGUGCUGGGCACGGUUUCUCCCUGGUUCUGACUUUGGGUCGUGCUUGAGACAGUGCAACGAACUGGACGUUUUCCACGCCGGGUCAAGCCUGUGUCUGAGCCGUGACCAGGUGUCCUCUGGGCACUCGUGGAGGUCAUGUGGUCCCUGCCCACCCACCCCACUGCCCGCAGAGUGCAGCGGAUGUGAUCGCCUGCCCCGACCCACGUGACAUGCACACCGGCCUGCCGAGGGUGGCGGGCCUGCGGGAGGGGUCACCCCACAGGGGCUUGUGCCCCUGAUCCCGGGAGGCGGAGUGCAGGCCGCCUGCUCACGGAGGCACUGAGGCCGGGGCUAAACCUCCAUCCAGGAAACAAGGGUGAGCAGUGCCCUUUGGGACCAGCACACGGAGAAAGACCACGUGCCGGCCGGCAGGGCACCUGGGCCGGAGGCUGACAGCGUCACAUCCCGUCAGCAGACAUGGAGGACUGAGGGCUGGAAGUAGGAGAGCCGCGGAUUCCCGGCGGGGGAGGGGCACUGCGGCCUCGGCUUCCCACAGGGACUCGCUCCUCCAUCAGCUUGUCAGGACCCCCGCGUGGUUUCUACGUGGGAGGGGCAGGAGGCGCUCCCAAAUAACGCCUGUUCACCACAAAUGCCCCUGCCGGCCUCCGCCCUCCGCCCUCCGCGGGCCUGCAGGUGAGACUCAGUCACGGAACUCACUCUGCUGACAUGGAGCCCAGCUCUGGCGCCCCAGGCCACCCACUCAGCACCCUCACUGUCCUGGGAAGAGGAGUGAGGAUGGGGCGGGGGGCAGGGACACCCCGCAGCCCAGCCAGGCCCCCAGGGGUUGCACCAUGCAGGUGGCAUCGGGCUGAGGGGGCCGAGUGAGACUUCACAGCCCGUGGACCACUGCUCAGCUGUUGGCACAAAAUAAACCUGAGGUGGAUUAAA